UUCUUGCAAUAGUUCCUCUGGUUGUUCCUGUCCUAUCCCACAUGAGGAUUCUAAAAAAGAAAACUGUGAAAGUUCUAAGAAAGAAAAAAAUGAAGUUCAAGAAGAAAGUUUAAAUAAUGAAACUGCCGAAGGAUGUUCAACUGGUAUGUGUCCAUUACGAAAAAAUGAUGCUAAAAAGGAAAACUGUGAAAGUUGUAAGAAAGAAAAAAAUGAAGUUCAAGAAGAAAAUUUAAAUAAUGAAACUGCCGAAGGAUGUUCAACUGGUAUGUGUCCAUUACGAAAAAAUGAUGCUAAAAAGGA